AUGACUACUUCAGGCUCACAUAGUGACACCACUGCAAACAACAUAAAAUAUCACAUCAUGAUCAUACCACCAGAAAUCCGCCUCGAGAUCUACGACCACUACUUCACUUCCUUCAAACUCGACAUCAAGGCCGACAACACGAGUGCUGACGAGGGCAGGGCUCUCAAACCGCCUCUGCUCGCCACCUGCAAACGCAUUCGCGAAGAAGCUCUCACUUGCUACGAGGCUCGACUCAAGACGCUGCUCGAGUGCAAUGAACAGAAGCUGCAAGAGAAGCUGGACGCCAACAUGAAAGACACCAAUGCGGACCCUUUGCCGCGACCAAAAGCUCACCUGGUCAUUCUCAAGAUAUACGGGCAGACAAAGACAGAAAUGGUCAGGGUGCAGCUGGACGGAAAGGGUGUAGCAGAAUCUGACAUGGUGGACUGGAGUGGUAAGGGGCAAAGCCCAGACAUCUUCGACCCAUCUGAGGACGCCGAUGUCCAGGACUGGCUUGAUAUGUAA